ACAGGACGUAUUAUUCUUGUUCCGGUAGCAGGACAUAGGUCGUUGUGAGGUUCGACAUUUUGUUAGCUUGUUAGCAAAAUAAACGGUCGUGGGGUAGUCUUAGGGCAACUUGGUUGGUCAACAAAGUUGCUCCCUGUCGCCUGACAGUUGUCGCCAUGUGGUAUGAAAUCCUGCCCGGCUUCGCCGUCAUGACCGUGUGUCUGAUGCUUCCCGGCAUCGCCACCGCGCAGAUCCACAAGUUCACCAACAACGGGAAGGAGAAGAGGACCGCUCGGGUCCCGUAUCAGUGGUACCUGAUCCAGAGAGACAAGCGGGUGUCAGGAACAGGACAGCACUUUGAGUCCAAGGGACUCGAGAACAUCCACUGAUGACAAGGAAACCAAGACCAAGAUGAGAAGAAAGUUCUUUGUUGUACAUCAAAAGAUUAUAUUUAACAUUCAGCCGUUUGUUUUUUCAGUCUUUUAAGACACUGUUCCCUGUUAUCCAUUAAACUGUUCCACACUGGAAA